CAAUAAAACGUCAAAAAUUUAUUCAAAUGCUUGUCAACUAAUAGCUAGGAAACGAAGUAGGCGUUAUUACAUACAUAUAAAUAAACACGCAUAUGCUAUGUUAUUUUCAGUCUUUUAAUAAUCUUCGUCUUCGUUGGUGUCAACUAUUACAGUAUUCCAUUUCCCAAAAGCAAACAAGUUAUAUCAUAUGAGAUAGCUUAGGUUUUAUAUAGUUUUAUUAUUUCUGCUUAACAACAAAAUGUCGUAUAGUAUGAUUUUAUGUUAAAGAAGCGUUGAUUAAUUCUAAUUUAAAAGUAGCAAAAUGUUGUUUUCGAUCUGUUUAUCACUUGCAACAGUAUAUUUUAUAUCUCCUAUAGAUGGUCAGUUUAAUUUGUUUGACACUAUCAUAGACUCAAAGGUAAGCAAUAGCCUAUUCAAUUAUGAUUGUUUAUAUUACAUAAAACAGAACGAUAUACGUGAAAAUUUGCCGCUUCCACUUAAUAUUAUUCCUUAUUGUAUUCGACCGUCUAAUAUAAGCAAUAUUUGGAAUACUAGUUCAGCAAUCAUCAUUCAAGACACUGUACACAGCUUUUAUGAAUUACGUGUAAACAAUGUUACAGAUAGAAAAUUGUACCGAUGGUCGGUUGAUACGAAUAAAAUUGAAAAAUAUCAAAAAUAUGUUGAGCAAUUUCAUUUGAAUUCCAUCGAAGGCAAAGAAGUAUUGUACAACUGUUCUCAAGCAUGGUUUGGAUCAAAAUGUGAAUAUACAUUUAAUUCUCAUUUAACAACGUUUGAUCAAAUUGUGAAUGAAAGAUUUGAUAUGAAAGAAGAGUACGAUCCCGCAGAAAUUCUUCGAAUAACGAACGGAACGUGUUAUUGGCAUUUAAAAUGUGAUCAAGAAUCCUCUAUUCUAAGUCUGCUGGCAUCAAAAGUGGUUGCCGUCAUUGUUAUCAUUUUUACCAUUACCACUGCAAUACAGGAUCCAUUGAAUCGACGUCUAAUUGUAGAUGAAGAAGAUCAGCGUACAUGGUGUGUUGUUAGUUAUGUUCACUUACCAUCGGUAAAUAUUUUUAAUACGGGACUCAACAUUACACAUUUUAUUCUCCCAUUUGCAAUUAAUUUUAUCUCGGCAUUUAUUAUUAUUCUUACAACUGCACGCAAGCGUUCAAUUGCACGUACACAACAAACAUAUGGUCAACAUCUUCGUAACGAAUUUCAACAACAUAAACAUCUAAUUAUAAGUCCAUGUAUUUUAGUUUUGCUAGCUUUACCACGACUUAUUAUCUCAUUCUUUUCCGGUUGUAUGAAAUCCGAACGAAAUCCAUGGCUGUAUUUUGCUGGUUAUUUUGUUUCGUUUAUAUCACCGAUGACAACAUUUCUCAUCUUCGUGAUACCAUCAGAAACAUAUAAAACUGAAUUUUAUUCAGCAUUAAAACGUUACUGUAUUGCUAUUAAGCGUCUUGGUUGUCGAAGAAACUAG